AUGGAAGACGAUAUGGCAAGUCAGUAUCAGAUGAUGGAGGAGUUGGGGAGUGGGAGCUUCGGGACGGUGUACAAGGCCAUUGAGAAGACUACCGGCGAGAUAGUUGCGAUCAAACAUAUCGAUCUCGAAUCCAGCGAAGACGACAUCCAGGAGAUACAGCAGGAAAUCUCCGUCCUGGCUACGUGCGCCAGCCCCUACGUGACGCAGUACAAGGCGAGCUUUCUCCGGGGACAUAAGCUAUGGAUCGUCAUGGAAUUCUUGGGCGGGGGAUCUUGUCUUGACCUGCUCAAGCCCGGUGUCUUCAGCGAAGCGCACGUCGCCAUUAUCUGCCAGCAGCUGCUACAAGGCAUGGAAUACCUGCACAGCGAAGGCAAGAUUCACCGCGACAUCAAGGCAGCCAACGUGCUCCUCUCCCAUACCGGCAAGGUGAAAUUAGCCGACUUCGGCGUUGCGGCCCAGCUCACCAACAUCAAAUCGCAACGCAACACUUUUGUCGGCACCCCGUUCUGGAUGGCACCCGAAGUCAUCCAACAGGCCGGAUACGACUACAAAGCGGAUAUUUGGUCGCUCGGAAUCACGGCAAUCGAGAUGAUCAAUGGAGAACCGCCGCAUGCCAGCACGCACCCGAUGAAGGUACUCUUCCUGAUCCCCAAGGAACCGGCACCUCGGUUGGAAGGGAGCGACUACAGUAGUGCGUUCAAGGACUUCAUCGCGCAAUGUUUGACCAAGGAUCCGGACCGAAGACCCAGCGCCAAGGAGCUUUUGAGACACAAGUUCAUUCGAAACGCAGGGAAGACGGAAGCGUUGCAGGAGCUCAUCCAUCGGAAGCAGGAUUGGGAUGCGGGCAAGGGUGUCACGCAUAACCCCAAGUACUACGCGGAAUCACUGCACACUAUCACGCGCUUGGAGGACGACGAUGGUUGGGUGUUCGACACCGUCAAGGCACCCCCAACAACGAUACCGGAGGAUAUGGACGACACGGUAUUGGACGUAGAUACACAGGACCACUUGUACGACGAAGCCUCGGAGAUGAUGGACAAUCUACAUGUGUCCAGUCCGCCUCCCCCUCCAAGACAUGCUACGAACUCGACUGUGCGACGAACUCCCGCGGCUGACCGGAGCCCUUCGGUGCGACGGGUAAAACGUAGGUCCAGUGGCAUGAAGCAGCCCCUGGGUGUCGACUUAAGUUUCGGAAACAGUCCGUCGACAGUUCGCCAAUUCCGCCGUGUGUCAGACAAGAUCGCUUCCGAGUCCUCCUACACUUCUCAGUACCCGACUGCUAUGGACGAGAAUGCAAGCCCAAAGGCGCUGUACUCGGAAUCCAACAGCAAGGAAGCACUGUUGGGGCGACGAGCUUAUAGUAAAGCUGUCGGCCUGGCCUGUCAGGAGGUCCUUGGUACGACUGCGGACGGGGAGAAAAGAGAGGCAAUCUCGAGACUGGCAGAAGCAUGGAGCGACCUGGAAAUGGUCGAUCCAGAGGGUCUCUACCACAUCGUCAAGGCGAUGAACGAGAAACUGCAGAGUGAUUCCAAACUGUCGACUCUCAUUCCGCAAGCUCCACAACCCGAAUCCCCACAACGACCUCGGCUUGUUUUAGCACAGAACAAUCCACACCUGAAGAGCCACCGCCGCCGUCAGUCGGCAGCAACGCCCGACCCUAAUUGGCAACCGGCGCAGCUGUCAAAUCUCCCCGGCCAGCAAGUCCAGGGAAUGGAGCAUACCAAACAAUUAUCGGAUGUUCUGUAUCAACGAUGGUCAGACGGCCUUCGCAACCGCUGGCCUGGCCUCUAA